UUCGUUUGUCUUCAUUGGGUGCACGGCCAUAUAAAAACCCUACAAGUAUACUACGAGAAUCAAAGGCCUCCGUGAAGACAAGAAGCAAUGACUUACGUUACCUGCCUCGCUAUCACGGUCGCCCUAAAUUUCCUAUUGCAAGUCACAACAUGUAAACCGCUUAACGGUUGGGAUCAGUCAACCGACGAAGAUGGAUUGGAAAAUUACGAAAAUGAAGUCUUUCCAGAGGACGAUUCUGGGUUUGAUUUCAACGCAUUUUUGGAAAGCGUGAAGGACGAGUUCUUUCGGAGUCUAAACCUGUCCGAGAUCCCUUUGCAAGACCCGUUGCAAGAAGAUCCUCCACAGUACAUGAUCGACCUGUACAACAAGUUUGCCACCGACAGAUCAUCCAUGCCCUCUUCCAACAUUGUAAGAAGCUUCAGAAACGAAGAUACCACAACGGUGCUCGCAAUGGGAGACCAGGGGACCAGGAGGUACAUCCUAGUCUUCAACCUGACCAUCCCUCAACAUGAAGAGAUCAUCGCGGCCGAGUUGAGGCUGUACGCCUUCGUCGACAGGGACAGGAGGAUGUAUGAAGGGGUGAACAGGAUAGUCCGUGUUUAUGACAUCGAAGAGCCGGGAGAGACCUCGAGGGAGAUUUCCAUGCAGCCUCAGUUGUCUCUGCUCGUCUCCAAACAGAUUGUUGGCAAGAACAGCGGCUGGGAAACCUUUGAUGUGACUGAUGCCGUCAAACGGUGGGUGAGCUCCUACAAAACGACCCAUAAACUUGAAGUUCAUAUCGAGAGCGCCGAGGAGGGGGAUGCGGGGGCGGUGGUCCUAGACAACCAGCUGAGUCCGGAGAACAAGAACGAGCCGUUGCUGGUGGUGUUCUCCGACGACCAGAGGCACGGGCAGGGGGACGAGAUGAAGGAGAUGCUCGUACACGAACAGGAGGUCGCGCUGCAGGAGUUGGCCGAGAGGUCGGGGUCUCGGCCGCGGGUUAAAGCCCAGCCCAAGCUCUCGCUGGACUCCUCGUCAAGAACCCGCAGAAACGCCAAAGGGAAUUACUGCAAGCGCUCUCCCCUCCACGUGGACUUCACCGAGAUCGGCUGGAAUUCCUGGAUCAUCGCCCCCAAGAGUUACGAGGCUUACGAGUGCCGAGGGGUCUGCUACAUCCCACUCAGCGACCACGUCACGCCCACUAACCACGCCAGGAUCCAGACCCUGGUGAACCAUUGGAACCCCGAGAAAGCCGCCAAGGCGUGUUGUGUCCCCACCAAGCUCGACCCCAUCUCCAUACUGUACAAGAACAACGCCGGCGUGACCACCUACAAGUAUAAAUACGAGGGGAUGGUGGUGGCGGAAUGUGGCUGCAGAUAGUGAGAAAUGUACACGCACACCACACACACCACACACACUACACAUAUACACCCCAUACACA